AUGGCAAAUAGUUUUAAAUUGAUAAUUAUUAUUGGUGGCGCAUUUGUGGCAUCGGCUUUUAUACUUUUUCUUUUGUCGAAUGGACUUGCUACAUGGAGUCAAACAAAGACCGAAUCGGGAGAGACAACGUUUGGACUCUGGCGGGUAUGUGAAUUCACGGGCGAUGAGAAUGAAACUCCAUGUUUUAAUAUAUUAUGUCCUUCUGAACACUUAAGCAGCAGCACUUGCGCUAAAAUUCGAGCUGCCGGUGUCUUUAUCGCGAUAACUUGCGUAUUUUCUGGUAUUUGUGGACUAUUAUGCAUUGUAUACUGUGCCAUGUCAGGCGACAAGAAACUUCGAAAAUUAAUUUUAACACAGAAAAUCCUUGCUUUGGCAAGUCUUGUUACUGGAAUGAUUGGCGUUGCACUAGGUAUUGCCGGUACGAUGGGUAUAUCAAGUGUUCCAAACCUAGAAAUAGGUGAUGCAGCAAUUAUCGCCAUUGCUGCAGUUGUUGGCAACUUGAUUGGAGCAGUUACGCUGGUGUUAGCGAAGCCAUACUUUUAA